AUGUUGAAGAUCCUCGAGUCUUCUCGGUUUUCUAAUACAUCUCUUUUUAGCUACCAAUCCUCCCCUCUCUUGCGCCGUGUCAGCAUCGCUUGCCUUCCUGGAUUUCAUUGUGAAGAAACCCCAAAUGGACUCCGAUGUGUUCGAGAUAGCGCACCUGCAUUGCCAAACCAGUGGUUAUGCAACUCGAUAAAAUGCAGCGAAGUAGAAACUUGUGAAAUUUUUAGCGAUGGGCCACGAUGUAUUUCCACUCACGGUCUCUGUGCAGCUAUUUACUGCACAAAAGGCAAAUGUGUUGAAUAUGGCAAUACUUUUGGAUGCUUCGAUACAAACUGCGGUCUACAUGAAGAGUUCAAGACGUGUGCUGCAUGCGAGCAGACCUGCAGACAUAGACAGAAAACGUGUGCCAGCAAAUGCCUUCCACCCUCAUGUCAAUGUAUCGACGGCUACUUACGACAUCAUGGAAAAUGCGUCCCAGCUGACAACUGCAAAAAUUUAGUUGCUCUCACAAGAAUCUGGAAGAAGACUUUGGAAGUACGCUGA